AUGUACUCCAGAAGUACGGGGACCAGAUCCGCCACGGCGGUGCAGGUCAUUCAGGAUGACGACGCCGCAUCCCUGGCCUCCACCGCCGCCACCACAACCGCCACAGAUGCCGUACCUCCAUUGACCCGGGCGACGUCGACGGAUUCCUCGGGGGCGUCGUCGUCGGCAGACACAGACAUGGCCAGCAGCAUACUGGGGGAUGGAUACAUGUUGGAGUCACAAGAUGGUGUGUUGACGGUGCCAUGUCGCUACCACGAGGACGCCGACCUGCUCUGCCCGUUCCAGAUCCUCGACUGCGACCAAGUGUUUGCGGAUAUCAUCCAUUUCAAAAUGCAUGUGUUUUCGCACUUCCGGGGUCACGAGUUGCCGACCUUCGCCACCUGUUUCCUCUGCGACAACAAGUACGUCUCGCGCCCUGAGGACGACCCUGCCUUUGCGUGGAACACUAUGCUGUCCCAUAUGGUGCACGACCACUUCCGCCAGGGGCAACAGCUGGCGACGGUGAGGACCGACUUCGGCCUGAUGAAGUGGAUGUACAAUCGCCGGAUCAUCAAUGAGCAGCAGUUCAAGAGAACCCAGUUGCUGCCGUACCAGACCGUGCUGCCAGGAGCCGUCCCGACGAGGAGACAAAUCGUUACCGUGGCAGAGCUCCCACGAGCCCCGUCGGCAUCGCCACCCGCGGCUGUAAGAGCGCACCUGGCCUUGUCGAUGGGGUACCAGAAUGAACCUUACACCAUGAAUGCUGGCCGGCGGCAAGAAAGACGUCGACUCGAUGCCACGCGAACCAUGGUCCGAGCUCACAGUUAUAUUUGA